AUGAGCAAACCAGCCUUCAACUUCCUGCGUCCCUACCUCCAUGGAGCUAGUCGGUCUCUCAAGCCGCACCAUGCUCAAGCCUACAUCGCGCUCCAGAGACGCUUCGUGCAGAGCAUAGCCGCAGACACAUACACCGGCCCGCACGAUGUAGAGAAGCAGAAGAGGCUCGACCACCUGGCAAAAGUAAAGCCGUUGGGUGACUACCAUCCAAGACUGGUUUACUCGGCCGAUACCCAGAACUUGUCGGAUAUGCCACCACCCGUGAGCAAAAACAUUCCCGUUCUGACAGCGUCAGGAAGGGUACGCUCAGUGCGGCUGCUUAGCUCCAAGUUGAUGUUUCUUGAUAUCGAGCGCGAUACCCAGCGACUCCAAGUCAUGGUGGAACUGAAAAAGCUCGCGCCGCAGGACGGUCUUGACGAAAGCUUCAAGAGCUUCAAAAAAGUUGCUAGAAUCGGCGAUUGGAUUUCAAUCACCGGCAAUCCAACAAAGACCUCAACCGGGCAGCUUUCCAUCCUUGCCCUCCAAGUGCCCCAGGUCCUUGCCCCUUGCCUCCAUCACCUGCCCGAGAAGAUUGAAGAUGCCGAGACGCUCGCGCGACGGCCGCACAUCCAUGCCCUUACGAGCGACGACCCAGGUGACAUUCUUCGUCUGCGAGCACUCAUAUAUGACUAUGUCCGUACCUACUUUAUCGAGAGCGGCUUCAUGGAGGUCGAGACACCCAUAUUCGACGUCAACGCUGGGGGCGCCAUUGCCCGUCCCUUUGAAACUGUAGCCAAUGAGCUCUCCAACGUGCCAAUUCGACUGCGGAUAGCGCCAGAGCUAAAUCUGAAGCGCCUCAUCAUUGGAGGGCAAGACAAGAUUUUCGAAAUCGGGCGCGUCUUCAGAAAUGAGGGCGUGGAUAAUACACACAACCCCGAAUUCUCCACGUGCGAAUUCUACGAGGUUGGCGCCACAUUGCCCAUUGUCAUUGCCCGGACAGAGCAGUUGAUCCACGGUCUACACACCGCAAUCGAAUCACUGCGCUCAACGUAUUUUCCCACAUUGACAUCCCCAGAAAGCGUGGACUUUUCACAACCCUUUGCACAACUCCCCUUUGUUCCUACAAUUGAAGAAGCUAGUGGCCGCAAGCUGCCUGACCUCUCAUCACCCGAUGCCACGAACGAGGUGUUGCAGCUCUACAAAGAACUCGGCCUUGAUGUCCCACCAAACCCAACAUUACCGCGUCUACUUGACGGUCUAGCAGAAGCGUACAUUGAGCCACUUUGCCAGAACCCCACGUUCAUCACGCAGCACCCGGAAGCUCUUUCGCCGCUGUCCAAGUCGUAUGUGGAUGAAGCGACGGGCCAGCGUGUUGCUUCGCGCGUGGAGCUAUUUAUCCAUGGACGCGAAUACGUCAAUGCAUAUGAAGAAGAAAACUCGCCGUUUGAACAGCGGAGGAAGUUUAUGCAGCAGCUUGACUUCCAGGCCGAUGGACACGGAUCCAUUGACGAGAGCUACCUUGAAGCGCUUGAGUGGGGGAUGCCACCAACGGGAGGCUGGGGCUGUGGACUGGACAGGCUGGUCAUGCUGUUUGCGAACAAGAAGCGCAUUGCAGAUGUGUUGCCUUUUGGGACGCUGAGGAAUGUGGUUAGUAUGUCCAAGAUGAAGUGA